UAAUUAUUUAGCCUUUUAGUUCGUUAGAAUGUUUUCUAAAAUGUAGGCCUGCGUUGUUUUGUGUUUGCGGAGUUUAACUUUGUGCAUGUGCUUGACAAUAAAUACAGAAAUUACGUGGAAAUGAAGGGGAAUUUUUAUUCGGCUGUUUAGAAGACGACAGUCGUGUUUAUGCUGUGGUUUAAAGAGUGGUCAAACCUUCAUUCUCUUUACCAGAGAUUUCAAGUAUGCAAAGAGGAAAAGAAGUUGAUAUCCCUGUGGAGGUCAUGGGUUUAGUCAUAGGAAAGAAACAUUCUAAUCUGAGGAGGAUUGAAAAGGAAACUGGGACCGAAAUUGAAGUGAAAAGUAAUAAAAUUUAUGUCAUUGGUGGACCUCAAGAGACAAAGAAUGCAAUAAAACAAUUGAAGACUGCUGUGAUUUCAAGCAUGCAAAGAGGAAAAGAAGUUGAUAUCCCUGCGGAGGUCAUGGGUUUAGUCAUAGGAAAGGGACGUUCUAACCUGAACAGAAUUGAAAAGGAAACUAAGACCAAAAUUGAAGUGAAAAAUAAUAAAAUUUAUGUCAGUGGUGGACCUCAAAAGACAAAAGAUGCAAUAAAACAAUUGAAGACUGCUGCGUUUGAAGGAAUCUACUAUAAUAGGAUAAAGAAGCAGUUUACUUGUGAUACCUAUGAUUUUGUUGAUGGAAGUGGCAGGAAAUGUGAAUUAAGGCUUGUUCCAGUUGAGUGUCCAAGGCAAGACUGGCAUCAAAAUAAAGAGUACUUUAAGAUAGAAAGAGAUGAUGAAGAAGAUCAAAUGGUAUCAGAUGGAGAAAUUGGUGAUUUGAGCAACAUUAUUGCUAAAGUUCUCCAAAAGAUACAAGAUGGUAGGUCUCUUGCUAAUAUGCCUAAGGCUGACUUCUGGUGUCAUUUUGGACAUCUCUACAUCACAGGAAAUGUUGAUGAAGAUGAUCAAGGUGAAGUGUAUGGUUUGGAGGAUUUUCAGAGUCAAUUUAACAUUGAAAAUGGCUGGAAAAUGGUGUUUGAUUCUGCUAUCAAGGACAUGAAAAUACAGGAAUUGGAAGAAGCACUUGCUGGCUCUAGAUAUGAGAAAAUCCCACCUCAUGUCAGAUAUGAUCUGUCUUUUUUAACUCCAUCCUGUACCAGAAUUCGAGCGAAGUUUUUUCUUGAUUUAGAUGGAAAACCGAAUCUUAACUUUAUGGAUCAAUUCCUUGAUGUCAAAGGAGAGGCUUUGUCCUCCACAUCAAAAUAUGUAUUUUGUCAUCACUUUGUCACCAGAGCAAAAGUCAGUAUUGCAAUUCCUGCUUAUGACAUGGAUGUCCGCAUAACAAUUCGCACAGUUUCAUCGACUCCUGAUAUGGAAGAAACAGAGCACGAGGAAACUUUAAAGAAGUACUUGGACAGGGUUACCUUCAGUGCUGAGGGAGAAAUCCUUCUUCCCGAUGAAAAGCUUAUGCCUGACGGUUGUUUUCUGCACUACAUUCGGAAAUGUAACCGUCGAUCCUACAGCUACACCGGCAGAGAGGAAGAUAGUUUUACUAUUGUCGUAUCUGAGGAAGAAGAGAUCGACAUGGAUGCUGGGCCCCAAGCUAGAGAAAAAAAGGUAUCUGAGGAAGAAGACAUCGUGGAUGCUGGGCCCAAAGCUAGAGAAAAAAAGACCGAUAUACAUUUGUACAGCGAUAAAUGUAAUCAGCUUUUAAGGAGUGGAGACUGGGAGCCAGAACAGAUCACCAGGAAGCUGCCGAUAUUUUUGUUGGCCCUGAGAGAUGUCCAAGAUAAUGUUAGAAGUAUGCAAAGAAAAACCGAAGUUGAUAUCCCCAUGGAGGUCAUGGGUUUAGUCAUAGGAAAGAAACAUUCUAAUCUGAGGAGGAUUGAAAAGGAAACUGGGACCAAGAUUGAAGUUGAAAAUAAUAAAAUCUAUGUCAGUGGUGGACCUCAAGAUACUAAACAUGCAAUAAAGGAAUUGAAGAAUUCUGCGUAUUACGGAAUCUAUAAAAAGAGGAUAAAGAGUCGGUUUUCCUGUGAUACUUAUAACUUUGUUGAUGGAAGUGGCAGGAAAUGUGAAUUCAGACUUGUUCCAGUUGAAUGCCCAAGGCAAGAAUGGCACCAAGACAAAGAGUACUUUAAGAUAGAAAGAGUCGAUGAAGAAGAUCAAAUGGCAUCAGUUAAAGAGAUGGGUGAUUUAAAGGGCUUUAUCAGUGAAGUGCUCCAAAACAUACGUCAAGCAAUUGAUGGCAGGUCUGUUGCUGACAUGCCUAAGGCUGAUUUUUGGUGCCAUUUUGGGCAUCUCUACAUAACAGGAAAUGUUGAUGAAGAUGAUCAAGGUAAAAUGUAUUCCUUGGAGGAUUUUCACAGUCAGUUAAACUAUGAAAAUGGCUGGAAUAUGUGGUUUGAUUCUGCUAUCAAGGAUAUGAAAGUGAAAGAAUUGGAAGAAGCACUAGCUGACUCCAAAUAUGAGAAAAUUCCUCCUCACAUCAGAUAUGAUCUGUCUUUUAUAACACCAUCCUGUACCAGGAUUCGGGCUAAGUUUUUUCUUGAUUUAGACGGUAAACCAAACCUUAACUUUAUGGAUCAAUUGGUUGAUAUCAAAGGAGAUGCUUUGUCCUCUGGUACACAAAAAUAUGUAUUUUGUUAUCAGUUUGUCCCCAGAGCGAAAGUUGGUAUCGCAAUUCCUGCUUAUGACAUGGAUGUUCGUAUAACAAUUCGCACAGUUUUAUCGACUCUCGAUAUGGAAGAAACAGAGCACGAGGAAACUGUAAAGAAGUACUUGGACAAGGUUACUUUCAGUACUGAGGGAGAAAUCCUUCUUCCUGAUGAAAAUGAUAUGCCUGACGGGUUUUUUCUGCAGUACAUUCGGAAAUGUAACCGUCGUUCUUACAGCUAUACCUGCGGAGAGUAUGAAGACAGUUUUUCAAUUCUUGUAUCUGAAGAAGAGGAGAUAGAUGACCUUCAUGAUAGAGAAAUAAAGACUGACAUACACUUACACAGUGAACAUUGUGAUCAGCUUUUGAGCAGUGGGAACUGGGAACCAGAACAGAUCAUCAGGAAGCUGCCGUCAUUUUUGUUAGCCCUUAAAGAUGUCCAAGAUAAUGGAAUUUUUAUUCGGCUGUUUAGAAGACGACACUUUAAAUGCAAACUCCGUCACUCUAGACCAGAGAUUGAAAGUAUGGAAAAAAUAAAAGUUGGAAUACCACAGAAGGUGAUGGGUCUGGUUAUAGGAAAACAACAUUCCAACUUUAAGAAGAUUCAAAGUGAAACUGGAGCAAGGAUUGAAAUUGUCGGUAGAAACAAUGUCUAUGUCAGUGGUAACCAUAAACAGUGCAAAGAAGCAAUACGACAAUUGAAAACUUCUGCGAAUGAAGCAUUGUACAGUACAACUGUAAAGAAACAAUUUCCAUUUACCAAAUAUGAUUUUGUUGAUGGAAGUGGCAAAGCAUGUGAUUACAGACUUCAUGAAGUGGAACUGCAGGAGCACCAUUGGCAGGAUGGAGAAUGCUUCAGAAUAGAAAGAGUUGAUGAAGAAGAGGAAAUGGUAAAUGAAGAAAUGCAAAUCUGUGACCUCAAAGAAAUCGUCGAUAAAGUUCUCCAGAAAAUACAAGCUAAAGAUGGCACUAGUGAUGAAAUCCCUAAAGCAAACUUCUGGUGUCAUUUUGGACAUCUGAACAUCACAGGAAAUGUUGAUGAAGCGGACAGAGAUGAAACAUAUUCAUUGGAGAAUUUGCGAAGCCAAUUUAACAAAAAAGGGGGCUGGAAGAUGCUAUUAGAUCCUGCUAUUAAGAAUAUGUUAGUGGAAGAAUUGGAAAGCGCACUAACAAGCAAUAAACACAAGACGAUACCACCUCACAUCAGAUACGAUUUGACCUUCAUAACGCCAUCGUGUGGCAACGUUCGAGCAAAGUUUUUUCUUGAUUUAAAUGGAAAACCAUUGAAUCUGGAAUUUGCGCGCCAAUUUAUUGACGUCAAAGAAGUUUGUUUGUCAUCAACAUCGCAGCAAGAGUACGUGUUGUGUGARGGUUUCAGACACAGAGCCAAAGUCAACAUCGCAAUUCCAUCUCGUGCAAUGGAUGUCCGUAUAAUGAUUCGUACAGUCCCAAGGAGUCCCGAUAUGGAAGAAAAUGAACAUGAAGAAACUUUGAAGACAUAUUUGGACAGAAUUACCUUUAGUGACGAAGGAGAAAUCUGUCUACCCGAUGAUAAAUAUAUGCCUUACGAUUUUGCUCUGCAGUUCCUUCGCAAAUGUAAGCGGCGAUUAUAYRGCUACACUGAGGAAGAGGAAAGUUUUACCAUAGUUAUAUCAGAUGAAGAGGAGCURAUUGGCGCGAGAACAGCUAUAAAGACUGAUGUGCACUUAUACAGUGAUCAAUGUAAUCAGCUUUUAAGGAKUGAGGACUGGGAACCAGAACAGAUCGUCAGCAGGCUGCCGACUUUUUURUCAGCGUUAAGAGGUGUCCAAGAAAACAUUUCUACUUCUGAAGAGUAGUGRCGUUUUUUCCACUGCAGGGUAUACUUAGACAGUGGUUCUCCUAUUCUUAUGGCGGGAGAAACCACAAAAAUUGUUGCAGUGGACCGGAAUCGAAWUUUUCUUUCAGUAUCAAUCAAAAUCAUAGUUGCACAGAUUUUAUUCAGAAUUUUUAAAAGAAAACUCUUACAUCAUAACUAUUAUCAGAUAAUUUUACAGUAGAAAUCAGUUUUUUGGAAAUGCACUAACAUGUUCAUACUAUCUAUAGUAUAGUGAGAAUUUUUUUGUAUGCUGAUUUUUGAAUUCUAAAAUUGUUAUUAGAAAAUGUUAUCAUCAAUAUAAAUGAAACACUCACAACAAAAGGGAAAAUAAAACAUCCAUAUUAU